GGACGGAAUCCGCACUGCUCGUCUUGAAUCUGAGGUUCGACAAACGGUCGGAGCCUCCUCUCCUGGAGCAUAAGCAGUAGUGUGUGAUACUCCGAUAGUUCGAGCACACUCUCCGGUCCCCCUUUUAGAAAAUGGGAACCACCACCCCGGUCUUCCAGUCCAUGGGCGCUGUUCCCGACCUCCAUGCAACAUUGAAAAGGCGUGUCAGCCAAGACAGCCCAACAAUUUCCAGAGCCUUCAGCAUCUCAGGGCGGAUCUCAUCCAACCCCGACGCCUUGCCACCAAAACCGUGACUCAAAGUUUGUCAGAACCGGUUUGACAGCUUUUGUUGCAGUGUGUGUGUCCUGUGACGUGAGUGUUGUAGUGAUGACAGCAGGUGUUUGUGUUUGUGUGAAGGUGUGGACUCUGCUAUGCAUCAGUGGGAGGACAGAGAGGAGGGAGUCCCUCCCUCUAAAGCCACUCUGUGUGGGGAACAUGACAGCCAGACCAAAGCUCAGAGACCAGACUCUCCUGGACCUGGACCUGGACCUGGACCCAGCUGUGUGUCCAUGAAGAGUGACCGGUCUAUGGACUUUCCUCCUACUUUUAAAAGACAACCCCUUCCAGAGACUCAACCAGACUCUCCUGGACCUGGACCUGGACCUGGACCCAGCUGUGUGUCCAUGAAGAGUGACCGGUCUAUGGACUUUCCUCCUACUUUUAAAAGACAACCCCCUCCAGAGACUCAGAUCCAUCAGCAGAGAGUUGACUUUCCUGGACCUGGACCUGGACCUGGACCCAGCUGUGUGUCCAUGAAGAGUGACCAGUCUAUGAAAACCCCUUUAGAAUUCAAAGUUGGACUUGAGUCUGAUGAACUAAGAGUUCAGCAACAGAGAUCCCAAGUGAUCCCAAGAGACCUGGACCCCAUAUUUAAGCUGCUUGAGAAGAACAUUGUCAGCUUCAUGAAGAGCGAGCUGAAGAAGAUGCAAAAAGUCCUCAGUCCAGAUUACCCAGAAGGCUCUGCGGGUCAGAAGGAAGAUGAGGAGGUGUUGGACGGUGAGGAUGAAGAGCAGAGGAGGAGCAGCGGGGAAGCAUUUCUGAAGAUCACACUAAACCUCUUGAGAAGAAUGAAGCAGGAGGAGCUGGCUGACUGUCUGCAGAGCAAAACCAGUGCUGCAGUGUGCCAACAUGAACUCAAGUCUAACCUGAAGAAGAAGUUCCAGUGUGUGUUUGAGGGGAUCCCUAAAGCAGGGAACCCAACCCUCCUGAACCAGAUCUACACAGAGCUCUACAUCACAGAGGGAGGGACUGCAGAGGUCAAUGAGGAGCACGAGGUCAGACAGAUUGAAACAGCAUCCAGGAAACCACACAGACCAGAAACACCCAUCAGACAAGAAGACCUCUUCAAAGCCUCGUCUGGAGGAGAGGAACCAAUCAGAACAGUGAUGACUAAGGGAGUGGCUGGCGUUGGGAAAACAGUCCUAACACAGAAGUUCACUCUGGACUGGGCUGAAGACAAAGCCAACCAGGACAUCCAGUUCACGUUUCCUUUCACGUUCAGAGAGCUGAAUGUGCUGAAAGAGAAGAAGUUCAGCUUGGUGGAACUCGUUCAUCACUUCUUCACUGAAACCAAAGAAGCAGCAAUCUGCAGGUUUGAAGAGUUCCCGGUUGUGUUCAUCUUUGACGGUCUGGAUGAGUGUCGACUUCCUCUGGACUUCCACAACAAUGAGGUCCUGACUGAUGUCACAGAGUCCACCUCAGUGGAUGUGCUGCUCACAAACCUCUUCAGGGGGAACCUGCUUCCCUGUGCUCGCCUCUGGAUAACCACACGACCUGCAGCAGCCAAUCAGAUCCCUCCUGACUGUGUUGGCUUGGUGACAGAGGUCAGAGGGUUCACUGACCCACAGAAGGAGGCCUACUUCGGGAAGAGGUUCAGAGAUGAGGAGCAGGCCAGCAGGAUCAUCUCCCACAUCAAGACCUCCCGAAGCCUCCACAUCAUGUGCCACAUCCCAGUCUUCUGCUGGAUCACGGCUACAGUUCUGGAGGACGUGUUGAAGACAACAGAGGGAGGAGAGCUGCCCAAGACCCUGACCGAGAUGUACAUCCACUUCCUGGUGGUUCAGUCCAAAGUGAAGAAGGUCAAGUUCGAUGGAGGAGCUGAAACGGAUCAACACUGGAGUCCAGAGACCAGGAAGAUGACGGAGUCUCUGGGAAAACUGGCUUUUGAUCAGCUGCAGAAAGGGAACCUGAUCUUCUACGAAUCCGACCUGACAGAGUGUGGCAUCGAUAUCAGAGCAGCCUCAGUGUACUCAGGAGUGUUCACACAGAUCUUCAGAGAGGAGAGAGGACUGUACCAGGAUCAGGUGUUCUGCUUCGUCCAUCUGAGUGUUCAGGAGUUUCUGGCUGCUCUUCAUGUCCAUCUGACCUUCAGCAAAUCUGGUGUCAACCUGCUGGCAGAAGAACAAACAACCUCAUGUUGGUCUAAAGUCUUUAGAGACAAACCUAAACUAAAACAUCUCUACCAGAGUGCUGUGGACAAGGCCUCACAGAGUCCAAAUGGACACCUGGACUUGUUCCUCCGCUUCCUCCUGGGUCUUUCCCUGGAGACCAAUCAGACCAUUCUGCGAGGUCUGCUGCGACAGACAGGAAGUAGCUCACUGACCAAUCAGAGAACAGCCCAGUACAUCAAGAGGAUGAUCAGUGAGAAUCAUUCUCCAGAGAAAAGCAUCAAUCUGUUCCACUGUCUGAAUGAACUGAAUGAUGGUUCUCUGGUGGAGGAGAUCCAACAGUCCCUGAGAUCAGGACGUCUCUCCACAGAUGAACUGUCUCCUGCUCAGUGGUCAGCUCUGGUCUUCAUCUUACUGUCAUCAGGAAAAGAUCUGGAGGUGUUUGACCUGAAGAAAUACUCUGCUUCAGAAGAGGCUCUUCUGAGGCUGCUGCCGGUGGUCAAAGCCUCCAACAAAGCUGUGCUGAGUGGCUGUAAACUCUCAGAGAGAAGCUGUGGAGCUCUGUCCUCAGUCCUCAGCUCCCAGUCCUCUAGUCUGAAAGACCUGGACCUGAGUUACAACAAGCUGCAGGAUUCAGGAGUGAAGCUUCUUUCUGCUGGACUGGAGAGUCCACACUGUGCACUUGAACAUCUCAGUCUGUCAUGGUGUCAGAUCUCAGAUGAAGGCUGUUCUUCUCUGGGAUCAGCUCUGAAGUCAAACCCCUCCAGUCUGAGAAAACUGGAUCUGAGUGGAAACCAGCUGAAGGAUUCAGGAGUGAAGCUGCUGAGUGGUUUUCUGGAGAGUCCACAUUGUAGUCUGGAGACUCUGAGUCUGUCAUGCUGUCAGAUCUCAGAUGGAGGCUGUUCUUCUCUGGGAUCAGCUCUGAAGUCAAACCCCUCCAGUCUGAGAGAACUGGAUCUGAGUGGAAACAAGCUGCAGGAUUCAGGAGUGAAGCUGCUGAGUGGUUUUCUGGAGAGUCCACAUUGUAGUCUGGAGACUCUGAGUCUGUCAUGCUGUCAGAUCUCAGAUGAAGGCUGUUCUUCUCUGGGAUCAGCUCUGAAGUCAAACCCCUCCAGUCUGAGAGAACUGGAUCUGAGUGGAAACCAGCUGAAGGAUUCAGGAGUGAAGCUGCUGAGUGGUUUUCUGGAGAGUCCACAUUGUAGUCUGGAGACUCUGAGGUGGGUUCACUGUCUGCUGCUAGUGUAGCACCUUCAUGUUUAAUCAAUAACUAUCUGAUUGUCUACGUAUUGAAUGUCACUAAAAAGGACCCAAAGAGUAAUUGAUGAGUAUAUUAAAUAUACUAUACAGAGACGUGAGGUUCAUGGCUGGUGAGGCAGAUUUACAAACAUCAUUCCGAUAGAGGAGCUAAACCACCAUUCAAUCAGCAGCUUGGACA